GGUACUGAUUUUGCAUGGUGGAAAAUGCAAAUAGAGGCGUUGCUUGGUGAGUGCGAUUUGGACAUGGUACUGGAAGAGAAACCGGAUGGAAUGGAUAAGGCUGCUGAAGCAAUUUGGGACUCAAAGGACAAAAAGGCAAGAGCUCUGUCAAAUAUGUAUGAGAAACCGUCGGCCGGUAAUAGAGUGUUCUUGAUGAGGAAAUUGUUCAUGAUGAGAAUGAACGAGGGCAGCCCAGUUGCUGAUCACAUUAAUGAGGUCAAUUCGAUCUUGUCAAGGUUGUCAUCAGUAGGCAUGAAGUUCGAUGAUGACACUCAGGCUGUGAUUCUGUUAUCUUCCUUGCCUGAUAGUUGGUCGGGAUUUGUGACAACGGUUACUGAAACUGCUGGAACAGGAAACUUGAAGUUUGAUCGAAUACGGGAUAGUGUUUUGGGUGAAGACAUUCGUCGGAGGAACGCUAGUGGAGGAUCUACUUCUGGGUUACUCAGUGUUAGCAGGGGAAGAGGUAAUAACAGAAACAGUGGGAGUCGUGGGAAGAGCUCGUCUAAGGCUGGAAAGAAUGUGGUGUGCUGGGUCUGCAAAGAAGUUGGGCAUGUCAAGAGACAAUGCCCAAACAAGAAAAACGAAAUUAGCGCAGUUGUUGGGAAUGCAUCUGAUGAUGAUAGUGAUGCAUUGAUACUCAGCAUGGAAAGCUAUGUUGACUCUUGGGUCAUGGAUUCUGGUGCUUCGUUUCACGGCAUGCACAGCGGUGAGGCGAUGGUGAAUCUCAAAAAGGGAGACUUUGGAAAGGUAAAGUUGGGUAACGGGAAAAUCCUUAAAGUGACAGGCAUGGGAGAUAUUGAUCUAAAAACUUCAUUUGGAACUACUUGGAGCUUACAAAAUGUCAGGGUGAUUCCAAGACUGAAGACAAAGUUGAUCUCAGUCGGACAAUUGGAU